AUGUCUAAACAGAAAGGAAACAAAGAAUUUAAAGUGGCAAUAUAUGCCAAUGAGUACAAACAAAUAUGUGCCUGGGUUUUAAAGAACGAAGUUCUUGAGACAGGCGGUGAUUUGUUCGGUUUGUGGUCCAGUGACCAGACCGCUGUAGUACAGCUUGCACUGGGUCCAGGGAAAGACUGCAGACGUGCUGAGCACUCGUUCUACCAAGACGUGGAUUAUCUUGAAAAGGUUGGUUCCCAUUUGAUCGAGAAGGAAGGAGUUUGUCACAUUGGAGAAUGGCACUCACACCACACGAUCGGUCUCAAUCGACCGAGCGGUGGAGACGAAGGAACAGUAUGGAGAAACAUGCCUCGGUACGGCCUGCGCCGCUUCCUGUUAUUCAUUGCCAACAUAGAACAGCAAAGUGCAGUCAGCAUCGGAUGCUUUCUGUUUGAAUUCGAUGGAGAAACUAACCGGAAGUUACCUGUAAUGCAAGGAACGUUUCACCUGUUGCCAAAUGAAAGUCCCUUCCGUUCAAAGAGUUUAAACGUUUUAAGGAAAGGUUCUGAGGACAUGAACAGUGAUGAGGAAGUGUCUCUUCUUCAAGAAAAAACAGCCGAAGAAACGGAGAAAGACGUGACGCGACCGGGAUUUGUAGUGCCGCCAAGUCGCAAGCGACGGGGACCAGUCACUUCAGAUGAUAUCCCUCCGAGGGUCAAGAGAGAUUGUCAUUAAUGCAGAAAGACGAAGGACCUAAAUCUGACAGAGUGACGAUUCAACGUCCCUUCUUGAAAGGAGAGCAUUGUAGUAAAAAUAAUCAAUUCCUAAACAAUUUACAUAUUCCGGUACCCCAUUUGUUCCUAUAAAAAGUUUGGCCUAAAUGGUAUGAAUGUAUGAUAAAGCCCUUUAAUCAAAAGUAAAGCCAGAAGGCAAAUAUGUUUCUUCAGCUUUUCUCUUAUUUAUGCCUAAAGUGCUAGUGAGUCGAACUCAUCUCAGUUAAAGAAAUUUGUGGAGAGAUUUAUCUGUAAACUGGAAGGAAAUACAACAAAGCUCAACAUGUUAAUUAAACUGAAUAAACAAAAUUGCUUUCUGCUCUUUCUCAAAGAAUAUUUAAUAUAUAAUUAUUUGUUACUGCGGUCAAGGGUAUCAAUAAUGUGUACGCUACUCGGGUACAAAAUCCCUGUUUCCACUAUUUUAAAAAAUUAAGUGGAACUGUUCACACUUUUAUUUCCAAAUAACUGGGCAUUAUGGCACGCCAUAUUUGGGCAGUUUGAAGUUGUGUGACGGUGCGGAUCUGAUCCACGGUUGGCGAUUUCCGAGAAACUAUAAUAGUAACGCCUGAGAAAGGAAAAGACAGCUGUCAUAUGGAAUAUAUUGAUUUGAAUGAUUGUUACAAUGAAUUUCUAGGAAUUUCAACGGCAUAAACAAACUCAACAAGCCAUGACCAUUCUCUUUUUCGAUAAAAACAACGCGAACUGGUUUUAUCGGCAUUAAUGAAUUAAAUCGAGGCGGUCUUUGAAAACAGAAGAGCCAGAAUGUCCGAACAAAGAGACGACAAAACAUUUAAAGUGGUAAUAUAUGCCAAUGAGUACAGACAAAUAUGCGCAUGGGUUUUACAGCACGGAUACCUUGAGACUGGUGGCGAUUUGUUCGGUCUGUGGAAAGACGACCACACUGCUGUGGUUCAGCUUGUACUGGGUCCUGGGAAAAACUGUCAAAGGGCAUCCGCCUCCUUCUAUCAAGACGUAGAUUACAUGGAAAAGGCUGGGUCACAACUGAUUAAAAAGGAAGGGGUUUGCCACAUUGGCGAGUGGCAUUCCCAUCACAAAAUUGGUCUUAAGCAACCUAGUGGCGGAGAUAGAGAAACAGUCUGGAGAAACAUGCCGAAGUACGGCCUCAAUCGCUUUGUCUUAUUCAUUGCCAACAUUGAGACGCAAGACAACUCUGCAGCUAGUGUAGGUUGCUUUUUGUUUGAAAGAGGAACUGCCGAUCAGAGUCAGCGUAUGACCCAAGGACAAUUCCACCUGCUGCCAAAUGAGAGUCCUCUCCGUGGAAAAUUCCAAACAGAUUUGAAAGAAGGUUCUGAGACCAUUAACGGAAAAGAAGAGAUAUCUCGCAUUACUGCAGACCAGUCAGUCGAGUCGAGUCAGCUCUCGAUUCGGCCGGUUAUGUGCCGGAAGAAACGCCUCAUAUCUCAAAUGAAAGACGAGCCGACACCGAAUGAAAAUAUAGCUGGUAAUACUUCAUGGAUAUACGAAUUUACACGUCGCUGCCCUUUCUGCACAGUGCUAUAGAAAACAACCUUGCAGUGGAAGGCAAUUCUUUUUGUAAUUACUUGUCAGUGCUCCGGGGAUUACCUACCCCUUCAUAUACCUGAAGCUAAAAAGUUUGAUAAAGGGACUCCUUUCGGGCGCAGCCUCACGGUAUAGGCCAUUAUAGGGAGAACCCCCGGGAGCCCAAAUACAAGGAACCGAUGCUAAAUUAUAUACAUGUACUGUCUGGUAUACUAUAUUUUAUAUACUGUGUUUGUCCCUUCUUAAAUUUCAAUGUUGUAUCUUUUUAACUUUAACUUGACUGCCUAUUAGCAGUUAAGAUGAGAGGUGGUUAUAGUGUGUACUGAUAUGUUUCCGUGGAAGCUUUAAAAUAAAACUCUCCAUCGCUGUUAGUUAACUUGCCUGUCUAGUACUGGUAUUACGAUGCAUUAAUGGCUGUAGACAUUAGAGAAAAUUGUCCUCAUGUUUGGAAAACUCCUAAGCAACCAUCAAGUGGUGUUUUUGAGAAAUGUAUUAGAAAAAUGUUAUCUCGGUCUACACUAUGAUAGUAAAGUAAGUGAAUAGUGUUUGUCGGUGUAAAAAGGAGUAGCAGACUACAAACCGGCAUGCUAAAUAACAGGGAUUGUUGACAGUCCGGCUCCUCUAUUUAAUAAAAUCGUAAUAUCAUAAUACGUAUGUAGCCAUUACUGCUUGUGGAUCAAAAUAAAGAUAUUAUUUUGCUUCACUGAUCAAUGGAUUGAUUGAUAGAUUUAUAUGAUGAAAUGCAUUUGAUACCAAAGUGUUUUCUCGGAUUUUUAAAAACCUGCCUUUGCCACAAAAUCUCAAAAUUUGUCUCUCGGAAAGCUUUCUUUAUUCCUUGCCAAAAUUUAGCUGUAAUGAUUACAGUUAAAACCCGCAUAUUCUAGGUCAGGCUGAUUAGGUUCUUAAUAGGUUUUUAUUUUUUAGAGGUUGUCUUGGUAUAACCAUUGGCAGAAAUAUUCUACUACAAAUAUAUAGCACUUGUGUUUUAAACUACAAAAAUGCUUGCAUACAUGCAGAACAAAACAUUUUGGGCUAUGUAAGUUACGUACAUCAUGUAAUUGAAAUAAAAGAAAAUAAUAAAAAAAGUGAAUGGCAAAAAGAUAAAUAAAUAAAAAUACGAAUUCAAGAAUUUAGUUUGUUUUAAAGUAGAAUAAACAACAAAUAAAUCAAAAAACACAAAAUCCCUGAAGUGUAACAUGUUUAAAGUACAGAAAUAAGCAGAAUUAUAUUCAUACUUAGUUACUGUUCUAGCUUGACUGAUAAAUCUCACAGGGACAUGAGUGUACACAUGCAUGAAAAAAAAACUGGGUGUUUGAACUACAUAUGUGUAAAAUGAAGAAAAACAAGACCUAAGGACUACAUCCAUAUACAUUCUAGAGUAUAAAUGUAUUUUAUAUUUCUAUAUUUUCUUAAUUAUUGGAUAUAUAUUUUUUUUUUUCACAUGGACAAAACUGGGUGUUUGUUAUCUGCAUGGCUCAGAUGAUAAAGCAAUCAAGGUCAAAAAUUUACAGACUUUUCAUAACCAUUCUCAAUAUAAUUAUUUUAAAAAACUUCAUGAAAUGUGUACAAAAAUGAUUUUACAGACAUUUUGUUUUCUUCUGUGAGAAAGAGAGGAAGAUUUGCACCUUUAUAAAAAGCCUAUUAAUUUACAAAUUAUAGACAUUCUAUUAUCUCUGUAAAAGGUCCAGAAUUUCCCGUGGAAGAACAUAUCUACAAGAAAAUGCACAAUGGCUGGACAGGUUCUUAUAUUUUUGGGUAUUUAAAUGCCAACUUCCAGCCUGUAGGUUUUUAAAUCACUAGGUUCUUGUAUGCGGGUUUUUACUGUAUUUCUUCAGCUGCCAGAUUUGACGCCAUACGUGAUAAGCCGGUGUCGGUGCAAUGGGAAUCUAAAACUCAGUAACAUAGACAUAACAUAAACUGCCACAAAAAUGAAUAAAAAUCAUGAACUACCGCAAAUGACCUUAUCCUUUCAACAGUACUGUAGGUAAUAAAUAUCUGAAAGUAUUAAAAAUGUUAAAAGUUUUGUUGCGCGAGCUCACCUCUUUUGAGCUAUCCCUUUACAGUUCAGGAGGCAGUCAGAGAAGUAAGUGUACAAUCAAUUUUAGUUUCCAGUUUUCUAAUUUUAGUUUUGUUUGCGUAAUUUUUUUAUUUUUCACAUUUGUAAAGCCGAGUGCUUACUUUGAUUCUAGAUUGAACUGUGAACAAUUAAAACAAAAUUUAAUUGAUGCAAAAAUUGAUUCUUGGUCUAUGAAAUAUGAAUUGAAGUUUCGCCAUUGUAAGGGGCCAUCAGGAAUUUUUUCAAAGGGUUUGACUUCUUAUGUUUAGCCAAAAUUUGCAGAGUUUGUCUUAAAGCAGACCGAGAAAAGAUAUUUGGAGAUGUUUCAUGAAGCACACAAGGCACCUAAUCCUUUUUUUUAAUGGUAAAAAUAUUGAGUUUGUGUUUGGUCAUAAUGAAUCAGGAGCUGGGGUCUGCCCUGUCUAAGAAUCUGGACAUUUUAAAGAGGUUUCGUUUUUUUUUUGUUAGCCUGCAUUGCAGGCGUUCUCCUCCGUUCGCGUAACCGUCAUGUUGAAUUUCAAAAAUUGCGAGGAAUUGAGGCUAACGCCAACCUUGAGGGUUGCUUUUUCUACCUCCCAAAUCCUUCUCUAUAUGAGUUUUUCAUGGAUUUUCCUUGAUAAGAGGAGUAAAAUGCAGUCUCGCUAACGCAGGCCAUUAUAUUUGUCUCGGCUUUAAUGCCACAUACGACGGAAAAUGUUUCAAACAAACUCUCAUGAUUCAGAAGCACAAUCUUGAAGGUUUCGUGACACUAGCAUUACAGCGUCAAUAAAUAGAUCAUAAAUACGGCUUUUAUAUUUCCAGUUUGGUGUACCGGCUUUCUCAGAAAAUAGCGACGAUUACUUGAAAUCUUCUGACACAGCUUGACAAGGAACUCAAAAUGCUAUACGUCAGCUAAUCAGCAAACGUACACGGUAUCCAUGCACCAGAAAUGUAGCAUGGCUUUAAAUAGGAACGGGAAAAGGGUGUUUGAUUCCCGAACUGGAAAACUGCUCGAUGAAAGAUUCCCAACAGUUGCAGAGUAUUUGAAAAGCAAAGAGAAGUACUUGGUGUAUCAACUGAUAUUCAAUCCUCUCAGUGAAAAGCUUGAAGUAAUUCAGAAAUCUGGGCGACUGGCAGUUGAAGAAAGACCCCCAACAGUCAAAGAAUAUCUCGAAAAUGAACAGUCACAUUCUGAAUAUCAGUUAAUGUUUAAUCCACUAACUGGGAAGCUUGAGGCGGUUGCGAAAUCUGAUCGCUAAACUUUGGUAAGGACUUUUACGGUUUUACAAAGGACAUAGAAUAAAUGUCAAUGAUUCAAACUCGGCAUCCUUCGAAAGUAACAUAACAGAAAAAGAACAAACCGGCUUAAUCAUCAGAUAGAAAGCAAGGAACUUUAGAACUUGAGCGGAUAUCGUCUUGAUGUACCAAUAUAAUACUAAUUAUAGGUGAUAUAAUUACAUCUGUGUAAGGAAGCAGUGAUACCUUCUAGCCCCGUGUAAGGGAAUCCAGAUUCCAGCAUCCGGGAAAUUUUUGCUUGUGAAAUCCGCAGUCCCACUAAAGAUUGGAAUCCAGAAUCCAAGUUCUGCUGACAGAGAACCCGGAAUCCAGUGCCUGGAAUCCGGAUUUCACGGCUUGGAAUUCAAACUCCAGGACUGUCUUGUUUUGGAUUCCCUAACAUGGGGCGAUUCUUCCUGAAGGGUUGCAAGUCAUUGUAAAAUGAUUUAUUAAUAAACUCUCAAGAGUAACUUUCGUCUGUUGACAUUUAAAUGGUUCCUUUUUUUUCCUAAAAAUGAGUAAGGUUUUUCUUAAAUAGUCAAUACUGAGUACCUCUAAUGUCAGAAAUUGUAUCUGACUAAAUAUCAAUCUAUGCUUAUUGCGCUUAGCUAAUUAUAAGAGACUGCGCCACGACGAAUUCUCAUAAAAGACUAUACAAUUACUCCUCAAAUAUAUUGGCGUAUCCUUUUUUCUCAGAAAAUCUUAUUUAAAGCUAGAAUAAGGCCUUGUUUUGUCGCAGAAUUGUCAAUCACUUACCAAGUAUGUGAAGUAAUUAUACAAUUGGUCUUAAAUUCCUUUUACUCGUUUAUUUUUACAUGUCAAGCAAAAAAUAUGUUAUUAAUACAGGAGUCAUUCUCAUCCUUGAAGCAUUUUCAAUCGUGCGCAUGCAGUUGUCAAAUGAAAAGCAUAACACGCAGAUCGGUUUCUAUUGCCUAAUUUAGAAAGGAAGGGUCAACUGUCUUUAUUCCAUCAAUUCCAAGAAAUCAGUCAGAUGGUAAUUAAGUAUGUUUUGUGUGUAGCGCCCAGCUGAUUGGCUCCCUUUACGAGCUCCGUUAUGAGAGUGGUAACGCUGGCUAGACUUUAGCUACACUUAGAGAACGAACAUAAAAUAUACCUGAGGGCUUAACGGUGAAAAUGAGUUGGAGUUCACAGCAACAGGGAAGACUUGGCAUGGAGAAAGGUAUUUUGGAGAAAAAACUGAAGAAUGUGUCUUGGUUUAAUCCCACAUCGAAGGGCAAUACAAGGGUUGAAUGGCGAGUCAACACAAACAACGGAAAAGGCUAUACUCUAUGAGUUUAUAUCCCAAACGAUUUUCCAGAUCAGUGCCUCAUAAUGGUUGUAAGUUCUCCCUCAUCGCUUUUGAAGAGAAAGAAUGGCUCACUCCUUAACAGUUCAAGCGGGGCACAACACACACUCGGCGCCCACGAUGGUUUGACACAAAUUUGUCACUUUAAUUCAGGUCAAUGGAUGAGCCAUAACACUCUUUAUCAGAUUUUGAUGAAAGGCCGCUUAUGGUUGGAAGCUUAUGAAAUUCAUCUACAAACUGGAGAAGAUCUUGAAAAAUAUUUGCCACAUAUGCAGUGACUAUUCAUUUGAACACGCUCACAGAAGCGGUUUUAGUGUGUUUUUGGAGUUAAGUCGAAAGAUAUGGUAUAAUAAAAGCCAGAGUCAGUGGCGAAACUAACUUAUCACUAACCUAGAAUCGUUUUCAUUUAAGUUAAAUCAUUUGCAACAUUUGCACAUAUUUAAGCUGGGUUAAAUUCUUGUUCUGCAAUUCAUUUCUUAGCUUCAAAAGCUAUAAUCAAUAAAAGAAACCGCUGAAAUCUUUGAAGAUUUAUUGGAAGAACAAAAGAAAAUGAAUCAAUCAGUUGAAAUUCGCUUUGAACUAUAUAGAUUAACGCUCUAUGUGUGCAUUCAAAUGAAGAUUGCUUAAUGCCAGAGGAACUGAUGAUAAUGUCAAUUAAAUGAAGCUGUCAUUUCAAUGUAUUUUUAGAAAAUAUCUGAAGUAAACAUUUCUUGGAAAAAACGGAUGUAAAUGAUAUUUGCAGAGAGGAGAGGAAAGAGCGUUGACAGAAAACUGGGCAAAGAAUAGCAGCUUUGGCAUACACACUGAGUAAAAAAAUUGUUCCAGUUACCUUACUCUCAUGUCGCAAAAGACAAUAGUAUUCUGGACGAUGACCCUGAUAAUAACAAUAUGAGCAGGACCAAUUCACAGGAUCAACAAAUUCUUGCCCAAAUUCAGUGCACAACAAGUCACCUCACUUCCCACUACCCAGUCUUCCAAUUCAGUACUUAGUCUCACUCGGGUGCCUUUCCGUUUCAUUAUUUAAGCACAUGCUGCUGAGUACACAAGUGCAAACCUUAACGGUUUUUCUUGGAUUUAGAUGGAUUAAUGGACCUUUUGCUUUGAUGGUACAUAUGGCCUCAAGCCAAAGAAUGGUUUUUGAUGAAAAACUGGGAAAAGUUGUCCCGUGGAAGCCAACAUAUCAAGAAUUUGCAAAAAACCCUGAAAGCUAUCCGGAAUUUACGACAACGAUGAAUUACGAUACUGGGCAGUUGGAGGUUACCCCUAAAAAAGAAGCGGAAAAAAAUCCUGAUCGACAAAUUAUGACUGAAAUGGUUCAACAAGGCUUUUUUCUACUAGCUCCGAGCCUUCUUGUACUGGAUGGCACUUUGUGAGGAAGAUGUUAAGUACUGCACUCAACGUUACUGCAAUAUUUUGAAGUGUGACAUUCGUUUGUAGAAACUGGAAACUGGGUGAUCUCUAGGAUAGAAUUCAGAGAAAAUUAUCUCGUAGUACUUAAUAUAGUCCAAGCCGAGAUGUAAAGACACUGUUAAUCCUACUUUUAAUGCGUAUUUCUUUGCUGUUGUCCUUCAGUCGUUCUAGCCUAUUUUGGCUUAAGAAAUAUUUCGAUGAAAUCAAGAAAGACCGCCGCAACCAAAAAUGAAAUAGGAAGUUCAUGGCUUCUUUCUCUCCUUUACAAAAGUAGUUAGUACCUGAAUGAAUACGGCUGUCGAUUUGCAUCGUCUUUGGAAAAAUUGAGAGCAUAUACUGAGAUGGAUUCUAAACCCAUAAGUAUUAUAAAGGUAAAAACAAGAAUUUAGAAUGCGUGACAGGGUAAUAAACACUUGGUUUCCAAGAAACUAAAAAUGGCUUAUUUAUUCCCUUUGUGUCAAAGUACCAAUCAGAUUGCUGAUGGAGUUUCCAAGAACAAAUACCUUCCUGUUUAUUUCCAGCAGCAACUCAAAAUCUUUUUCAGAUCAGUUUCCCUCAUCAUCAUUAAGCACAAUGCAUGAGAUAGAAGAUCAACGCAAAGUUGUUUGCUUUCUUCAGCCCAAUUUUACUGAUGUACUAAAAAGCGGAGAAGCCGGUAAAAAGAAGUUUACCGUGACAGUCUUUGAUGACUGCGAUACCAUCCAUGUCCGGGUUCUCCGUGAUAGUAAAUCUUCUCAAGCUGGGCCCGAAAAGAGAGUGGCAUUCAAGGUCUUUAAAGAUCUACCCGCAUCUUCGGAAAUCGUCGACAUUUGUAGCAGUUUGAUUUCCAGCCUUCCAGCGCUUGAUGAGCCGCAGGUUGCAAUCCUGGUUUCCGAAGACGAUCACGUUAGAGCUUGCGUACGACCGAAGUCUUCCGAAUCCUUAGAGCAAGCGGCUGUCUUGCGCCAACCACGAAAGGCCCAGCUCUAUUCUCGAAGUCACGGCAUAUUGGAGUCGAGUCUUUUAGAGAACCGUAAGGUUGCAGUUGUUGGCCUCGGAAGUGGUGGCUCUCCUGUCAUUAUAGAACUUGCCAAGGCUGGAGUGGGCAAGUUUGUGCUGGUCGAUUUCGAUCGCUUUGAGCUUCAUAACAUCGUCCGCCAUGUCUGUGGCCUAAGCGAUCUAGGGCGCUUAAAGACCAAUGUCAUGCGAGACCGUGUUCUGGAUAAGAACCCAUUUGCUAAGGUGGAGAUCUUCAAUACCAACAUCAACAAUGCAGAAGAGGCUAGAAAAAUAUUCCAAGGAUGCGACCUUAUUAUUGCUGCCACCGACAAUAUCAGGAGCCGGCUUAACAUAAACACCUUGUCAAUAGAGCUGGGUAUUCCAUCCCUCUAUGGAAAAUGUGCUGUUAGAGCUGCCGGAGGUGAGGUGCUGCGAGUUAGGCCCAAAGUUGGCCCAUGCUUCUCAUGCAUUUAUGCCGACGCGUCGAUGGAAGCAGCUGCGGAGGAGAUGUCAUCCUUCCGCCAAGCGCGCGAGGCUAAUCCACCAUACGUCGGCGAUGAUGAAGUAAAAGCCACGAUUCAGGUCGGGCUGUCUUCAGAUAUCAUUCCCAUUUCUAACAUGCUGGUGAAGCUAGCCCUGGUGGAGCUGUGCCGCGGAAAAGACAGCGCAUUGGCGACUUUGGAGACCGACCUAGAAGCACCAUUCUACAUGUGGGCAAAUCGCAGAGAGCAGCAGUUUGCAGGGUACCCAGCAGAUGGCUUCCAGAGGUUUGACAAGCCUGCAAUUCUAAGGUGGUACCCAAUGAUGAUCGAAAGAAAAUCUGACUGCAAAACGUGUCAAGACAUGGAAGUCAGUGAAGAAAAUGUCGAUUUUUUCGCUGGUAAAUAAUUUUUUGUCUAAUUGACUGCAUUUUUAAAUGGAAAGGCUGCAAAAAAUGUCAGAAUUAUCACUUGACUACAUUUUUAAAGAGACAGGCUGCAAAAAUUGUCAAAAUUAUCACAUGAGUAGGGAACAACUCGGGUUUAGUUUUCUGUGUAAAGCUCAUGGCGUAGCUGAUCUUGUAUUGUAGCGAUCGUGAAUAAAAUAUUGUUAAGAUGAACUUUCAAAUGUUUCUUUUGACUUUGUUUUCUGUGACCCUUACAUGACAAUGUCGUCAGUCACGUCACUCAAAAUCACUUUCCGGGAAAUAUGGUACGUCAAAUGAAAACAUCUGGGAAUUUAGAUUUUAACUGCUAAUCGAAAUGCGUCUAAACCAUAAUUCUUGUUAAUUUCUGUCCAGCCCUAGAAAAUGAGAAUAAAAGGUAAAAAUCUCUCUUAAUUAUCAGACUGACUAAUCUCUUGGCCAAUUCUAUUUAAACAACAAAAAUUUUAAAGGAAGGCUCAACUGUUGUUUUGCACGGAUACAGGUUUUAUUUAUUUAUUCAUUCAUUUAUUUUCAUCUUGUUAACUUAUUUUAUUUGAAACAGGCAUUACGAAAGCCGUAAAGGGAAGUUUUCUUAGUUCUGAGUAAGUGAGCAGUUCAUUCGGCGCUUUGGUCGUAGUCUUUCUCUCAGCCGGUCGGGUAAACCUUUUUGGUUAAGAAAGUUUAUUUCAUUUGAAACAACUAAUAAUAAUAAUAAUAAUAAUAAUAAUAACAAUAAUAAUAAUUGAAAUAAAAUGCAAGCAUUCUGCUUUAACACUAAAUUUAAUACAUUCUCGGACAAGAUUAUUUUCCAUGGCCACUCUUCCUACAGAAGCUUAGCACAUCCUUGCAACAGCUAACAACCUCAGUAGUUACUCUGUAAUAGAACUGUACUGUAUGUUCGCCAGUUCACAAUGUCGGAAAACAGUUGAGGAUUAUUUCCAUGAAUUGGCUACUCAGCGAAUAAACUAAAUCGUGUCCACGUAGAAAUCUUUCGAUUACUACUAAAGUUUAGUCAAUCUUAAAUGAGAAACACAACAAGCAAGAGCAUAUGUAAAACAGUCUUUCCAAGAAUUCAUGAGGAAAAUAUUCCGUCGGGGUCAAUUGAUCCUGAUUUCCAUUAACGCAUGAGGCGCGAUCCACCGUGCUCAACGUCUUGCUCAUCCAAACUGAAAAAGCCCCCUGAUCCAGCUUUGUUCAUGUCAAGCAUGACAGUCCUGUCAGCCGAGUUUUGUGCUUCAUGUUGUGGUUUCACCAUCAAUUUUCCUGUAGCAGGGUCAAAUACUAACGACUCAGAGCUUCCUCCUCUGUUCUCAAGAUGUUGUUGAAUACGUUGCGGGUUGGACGACAUCUUUGGCUUUUCACUUGAUAAUAGGUCCUUUCUAUGCGGUGGACAACUGGAGAGAGCUUGGGACGUGCAACUAGCUAUUCGCCAAGUUUAUGAUUGAUGUUUGCCUCUGUUCUCUAGUGCGCUUUCCUUUUCAGAAUUUCGUUCUCGUAAAAGGUAUGACGUCAUUCUUAUAUUUGCGUUUUCUUGGAAGGGUCUUUUGUGACUCCCUCGUGUCGUACCUAUUAUGGAAAAAAGGCGGAAGUUGUGAGACGCAUUUGGAAAGGGGCUUUUCCCCGAUAAAAACAACUAGAAAAAUCAUCUAAUUUUACCCUUGUUUUUGCAAAACAGCUUACAAAAAGAAAGCACGUCAGCAGAACUUACUUGCCCUAGACGGCUUAAGGAAAGAGCUAAAACAGAAUGGACUCAACAGAGAAAAGCAACGCAAAGAGCUUAAGAGAAUUUGACUUUCACUUUGUGACACAAAAGGACACAGAAACGAAAGCAGAAGAUGGAAGUACUACGACUGUAACAUCCGAGGUGGUGGCAAGUACACUUAAGGUCAUUGCUCAAGGCGGACAGGACAGCACAAGGAAAGAAAGAUUAGUUUUUGAUCUGCACAGCGGGAAAUUAACUGUUGAGAGUGGCCCAGAGUCUCAGACCCAAAUUGAAGCGAAAUCACCAGACAGGCAAGUCAUAGAGGGAAUGGCUACUAGUGGAUGGUUUUGUUGGAGAAGCUUGUAACAAAGACAUUUCCCGAUCCUUAAAACAAACUUGUGUUUCAGUCUGAAGUACUAAAAUUCCUCGUAGAACCCCGAGCUCUGGCAAUACUUAUAUUACAGUCGUUUAUAUUAUAUUUAAUUUCAAGUUUACAUAUUCAGUCGGCGUUACUCUGUAGCAAAGCUGAAUUGUCUGAUCAUAAAUCAAUGAUAUUUACAGGUAUCAUAUCGCAAGCAGUAAGAUUUCUCACUAAGUCACAUAUUCGGAUUCUGCCGGCUUCCUUAAGCUAGUUUCCAGUAGUAAAGAAGCAAAACUCAUUUCCACCACUGGGUUUUUGAAGUGUAGAAUAAACAUAAAGAGACACCAAUUAUGAUAAUUCAAUAAUAUUCACAGCCCUUUCAUAGAUUAUUUCUGAGGAAAUAAAUAAAUGGAAAUGUGGAAAAAAAAUUAACAAAGCGCCACAUGCUUAAAGUUGGCCUUACUUUAACUCAAGAACACUGUUUAAGUACAAUAUUUCAGACACAGAAACUUGAAUUGAUAAAUACUUUCGAAAUUUGAGUGACAUAUUAUAAUUUGGCGGGCGAAAGUCGAAAAAGCAAACACAAACAUUUUCUAGGAAACCUAGUAAUCCCUGAAUUUAAUGUGCAAAAACUAAUCACUGGCAUAUCGAAUAAAAACAUUUCCUAGAAAAUGAGGAAGACUUAAUUAUAACAGCUCUCAAGCAUGAAGUUGUAAUUAAGCGAAACGUAAAAUCUAAAAUAUGUUGAUUGAAUAGAAAUUUAUGUUUUGUGCUUACGUUAGCUAUAGUUCAAAAGAUAAUCAAUAAAAUAAAGGUGCCAAGGAAGGACCUAAACGUAGAAACAUUGCUAGCCUAAAAUCAGGAACUUAACCGAGCAUGAAUCCCUGCCCAGUGGCGAUUUUAACGUACUUUGUAUCUACAUCUACAUAUUUUGACGUUACAACUGUAUUAAAAAUCGUCUUUUUGCUCAAUCAAAUGACGGUACCGUGGUAGAACAUUAUCAAUGUUAUUUUUCGAUCAGUUUGCGCGUUUUAAUAUUUGGUGCGCCAGUGCCGGUAAAUCUUUUCGGUCCACUUUGUACCCAACUUUUCUUAUGCUAGAGGACAAAGGCACCUCCAACCUCCUUAAUCUUUUCCUUAGCCUUACGACUGCUGUUUAAGACCUUUUCCAAGAACUUUGUUAUCCAGCACGGACAACAUAUUCAAUAACUGCGACCGGGUCAAGUCAUCAGUCUUGUCAGUUGUCAAAGAAAAAUGGCUGCCUCCUGUAUCUGCAGCUAACUGAGAAGAGCGAGUGGCUUCUCGUAGUAGAAGCUCGUAGUGUUAAGUAUAAACUAAAGACAUCUUUCGUUUUUGAAAAGGAUCUAAUCGCGUCAACGAACUCGUAUGCAAAUGUCGCGUCACACAACUGAAGUAACGUAACAAAGACUAUCUUAUUUAACAAGAUUAUAUUCAUAACUUGAAACCGUUUGAUGUAUUCUCAUCUCAGAUAUAAUGGUCAUAGUUACUGUGAGUUUCUAUUAACAGAAAACAAGCCACAAGAACCCUUCAGCAAGCACAAAAUUCUGUCAAGAACCACACAACAAGUAGAAUCACUAAAAUCGGUUUCAUUUUGUCCCGAAAUUCUACGAAAUGGAUUUGGAGGAAAUGUUGAUGAAAAACAUUUCCUAGAAAAGAAGGAACACUUACUUCUAAACUGCUGCAAAACAUUCAGUUGGGAGAUUAUACAGUUCACACUCAACACACAAAAAAAUUUCAAAACUGGUUUGACAUUCCUCUUCUCAGGGCUAAAUUUUAAAGCACAAAUUUACAAGUUUUCUAAGUGAAAUAUGUCGCUUUCGGUCAGCAAUAUUUAAAACAAUAAGCUCGAAGGAGGCUAACGAAUUCAACGUGGAAGCUGAUAUUUUUCCAUGAAAUCACGCUCUUCAUUGCGCAUGAUUCCCGGCUUAGUGGCUUGACGGAAGACGCCAUUUGUACACAGUUCUAAACGCUUCAACAGCGAGUGUGCAGACGAGUGCCCUUUUUAUUCAAUUUGGCGAUGGAAAAACCAAGCAAGAGUAACCCGACUGUUUAUAUGUUUAAAGAGGAUAAGGAAAUCAUAAAACAAAUUGUUGCAGAGCAUAAAGGUUGCGAGACGAGCGGUGAUCUGUUUGGCCUUUGGACAGAAGACAACAAAGCCGUCAUACACUUAGCUACAGGGCAGUCGGGAAGGGGAAAGGAGCCCACCGAAAGUUCUGGAACAUCGCCUAAAAGCAAAGACAACCUAAAGAGUAGUAGAAAACCUUUAUUUGAAAACUAUGGUUUGCCACGCAUUGGGAAAUGGCACUGCCAAAGCGACACAGAGCUAAAGCGCAGAGAAAUAACAGAAUCCCUUCGCAAAGACGAACCUCUUUGGAAGAAAGAUAAAGUUCAAUAUAAUUUGAUCAUCGUGGCAAAUCAUGAAAACUUGGAUCUUUCGCCCUACAUAGUGUCAAAAACGUCAAUCUCAACCAGAGGUAAUAUUGAACUUCUCCAUGGUGAAAGCCCCUUCAGGAAACUUGAUGAAAUAAGAAAAAUAAUCGGGGACUCGUCGGUGCAAGAUGAUGCCAGGAACGAAAGUCAAGGAGACGUCAAGAUGAACCCAGCCGACAACGAAACAAGAGUGACUACUUAUACUAAUUCCUUACAGGCUAUUCCGAGAAAAAGUGACAUUGAUUCCUUUGGUGACGAAGAAAGGACAAGGGAGUCUCGUCCUCUACCAGAACUUACAAAUUUUACAGCCAAUUACUUAAAGGUAUACAUGUUUGAAAAAGACAUAGAAAUGGUACAGAAGCUUGUUCUCCGGUAUCCAGAUGUAGAAACCGGUGGAGACCUGUUUGGCUUGUGGACUAUCGAGGGUGAUGCUGUCCUGCACAUUGUUCUCGGCCCGGGUAGAAACUGCAGCCGGACAGACGUGUCCUUCAACCAAGAUAUUCCUUAUUUGCAAAGGAACGGUGAACUGCUGACUGAAAAUUACAUGUUAGGCCACAUUGGAGAGUGGCACUCCCACCAUCAACUGCGCCUUUUCAAGCCCAGCCAGGGUGACUCAUCUACAGUGAUAAGGCAUUUUCCUAGGGGAACAGUUUAUGGCUUUCUCCUGAUCAUCGCCAAUAUCGUGGCACCCGAUAAAGUAAAGCUAUCGCCAUAUCUGUAUACUGAGAAUUCUACUUUUACUUAUAGCAGAAAAGGAGAGGUUGUUCCUUUGCAAGCUCAGAACGUCUUCAAGGAACUGCGUGAUAUUCAGGAUACCAUAAAAGAGGGGAAAGAAACAAAAACAGACGUUCGUUUACAACGUGAGCAGGCGGCGCGUUCCCGACACUACGAAAAGUCUGCGGGAGUGGGUUGCACUCGGCAAGGCAAGCCACCUAGGAGCUGCACCCAUUCAAAUGCCUACAGGCACAACCGCGUGGAACCUAUGGAAGUGGAUCACGACUACAACCUUCAAAAAAGUACGUCUAAAAAAGGGAAACGUUACUAGACACUGCCUGCAGGCCAUCGAUCCAUCGUCUUUAGUACGACUAUAGCUAGCUGUAGUUAGCCACUCUAAUUGCUGCUCAAAAUCAAUGUGCAUAUUUUCUUAUAAAAUUAUGGCGUUUUCUAUAAGUUUAAGUCGGUUCUUUUCUGAGGCCCAUUCCAUCAUUCCGAACACUGACUCAGUAGCAUGAAUGGCUGAUAACAUGAGAAACGGGAUCUUUUUGUUAAAGUUUUUGAUUCCAGACGGGCCAAUCUUAACGUAAUAAAAAAGGAUUGCCUCUGGCGUUACACUUAGGUGCCCAAGACUUACUACACUUCUGAUCUGUUGUACAAAUUCAGGCUCCUUGUUAAAUAGAUAUAUUUUCAAGACAAGUUCAUUGGAACUUGCCAGAGGGUAAGGGUAAAUUUGUCCGAAUUAUACCUCCUCUAAGAUAUAGUAUUAAUCAGGAGAUCAUAAGUUGUUUGAGCAUCGGGCAAUGGCAUAACUUAUCGACGGAAAUACAGAAGAGCUAGACAAAACGCUUUUCUUUGGUCCAUCGUAAGCUAGUUGGGGUGGUUGUUACACUACACAUUCAUUCAGUAUAUUCAUAUGAACACUUAUAUACAUUCAACGAUUAGUGUGAUUUUUUUUUAACUUGGUAAAAUAGAUAGUGGAUUGAUACGAACUAUUACUCUCUAAUUUCAUUGUUUUCUUUUGUUUGCUUGUAAAUACUUGGAACUAAAAUCACUCUAUACAAAAAUUUGUCCAAUAAUUACUUAAAGAGCAAACGUUAUCUGCCACUGUAAGGUAGUGAUUUUAAUUCCACAAUUGAUGCUAAAAAGAAACAAAACUGCCUGAGAGACUGGCCUAGAGAAACUCUCUCUCCCCACUGUGAAGAGAUAACAGCAAACUCUUACUCACGACAAGAGAUGGUAAAGGGAGAUCGAAAAUAAAACUAAAAACAUAUAUAUUCUUUGGGCCCAAAACACUGAAAACCCCUUAUAGGAAAUUGCGUUCGAGCAAGCUCACACCCCCAACCAUGGUUUAAGUUGGGUAAUUUCCACCCUGGCCCCCGCCGCUCACCCAACCCACCUACUCCGAAGGAUUUCUGCAGCGAAGAAGUACUUUGGCAUUCAUAUUCCCAGGGAUCCACAUCAGCGUUCGUCAGGUCGUCCGUAAUAUCAUUCGGGCGAUUAUAAUAACACAAACGGGUUAGAAAACCCUCGGAGUUUGAACUUUUUCAUAUGACAGAAUUUUACAGACAUAGUCAUGACAUUUACAUUGUUAUCAAUACAAAUUUCUGAGCAAACCAAAACAACAGUUGUUUUCCUGCUGCAGUAUUUAACAAAUUGAGAAACCCCGAACAAUCUGGUAGAAAACUCCAUCAUGUUGAUAAUCUUAAUAUAUUUAAUAUUCUUUAAAGGAAAACAAUACUCGUAGCGGAUGACAUAUAAUUUACAUAGCCAUGGCUAACUUCCGCUCUUUCUGGGAAAUGACUUAUUUUGCCACGCAUCAGAGAAAAUGGGUCUGGAGUUUGUUUGAAGACUCGCUCGUAAAUACAAAACAGUCAAAACUUGUUGCAGAAGGCGAGGCAAAGAACUUGACCCUCCAAUAGGGAAUAUGAUUAAAGAACAGCUCGCUAUUUCUAAGAAAUCACUGAUUUUGCUACGCAUGAGGAAAAGUUUCCCGUCGUUGGCACAACCGCGUUUGUUUGAGGACUCGUUCGUAAGCGCCAAACAGCCAUGGAAGUGUUGCACCAAGCUUUCGUCUUCGAAAAGGAAUUAAACGAACUUCUAUUGAAGGCAGAGCAAGAACAUCAAGGAGCUCUGUACGGUUUGUGGACCACAGACGGAGAGCCUGUUAUUCACGUUAUUGGUGGUCGAAACAGUUGUUCAAGGAUUGACAAACGUAGCUCAAAUCUCCCCGACUUCGUGGACAAUGGUUUUCCCCUUGUGCACAUUGGUAAUUGGCGCUCCGACGAUACUACCACGCCACUUAAUCAGAAGACGCUACCACAAAUCGACGAUUUAAGAUGCACCCAUGAGACCAACUCCUCGGACGAAUUUCUAGACGUCAUCAUUUGGGGGACAACGCUACAAGUUUCAACAAAAGGCAGGAAAAUGGAACUCAAGACUCUUCCCGCCUUCGAAAGCCCGUUUAGUCGCUUGGAGAGGGCAAGAAGAAUUAGCAUUGAACGUCAGAAAGAAGAUCUUAAGCAAGCUACAGACGCCUUGAAGGAACUGUCAAUCACUGGCGACAACUUAGCAUCACGGCGAGAGAUUCUGAGCCCUUCAAUCGAUGAAAAUAAUCAGGCUGUAAACAUGGGCGAAAGACCUCAUUUGCUAGAAGACCCGAUCUACCUUCGCAGGCAGGAAUAUCAGAAAGAGUUUGCAGUUAACAGGUACGAAUUCAAGGUCUUCAUGUUUGAAGAAGACUACCAAAUGAUGGUAAACCUCGUUCUCAAGUACCCAAAUCUAGAAACUGGUGGGGACCUGUUCGGUUUGUGGACCACUAAAGGUGACGCUGUGCUUCACGUUAUACUUGGACCAGGCCAGAACUGCAAACGAACCGGAGCAUCCUUUUAUCAAGAUAUCGGCUAUUUGCAAAGAAAUGGCGAGCUCCUUACUGAAGACUACAUGCUCUGCCACAUAGGAGAAUGGCACUCGCAUCAUCAGUUACAUCUUUUUCAGCCAAGCGGUGGUGAUUCAUCCACUGUCAUUCGAAACUAUCCACGUGGAGUAUGCGGCUUCCUUUUUGAUAAUCGCUAA